GCUUGCCAUUAAGGAACAGGUGACUUGCUUUUCAAGAGAUUUGCGUUUUAAAGUAAUUUGAGGAUGGAAGAGAUGUCAAUAUCGAGAGCCAUCACUGAACUGAAUAUAAGCCGAACAAUCAAGGGGGUGCGCUGUAUCGUUCGUUUUCCUGAGGGUGUUUCAAGCCUGUUUGAUGCUUUCUCAACACACUUAGAUAGGCAAAUAUCAAUUCCCGGGCUUUUUCGGUUGUUUGAGCUAGCGAUAGGCAUCAGCAACAGGGCUUUACAAGACGACCCGAACACCUUCCUGGAUCACAAACCUAUUUUUGCUGAUAAAUUUGUAUACGUUGGUUCAUGUAAACUAGAAAUUCAUCAAAGUGUUUACGCUUCGGCUUACUUCCAUCUUCCAUUUGAUGUCUUUUCCACAUUGGAUUACGUUGGGAAAAGUUCGUAUUGUAAAGUACAAGAAAUGUGUCAAAGAGACAAUUCGCAGUGGUUUGCUAGACUGAGUCAGCAGAACAUUAUGGUCCAUCCGGUUACCAGAAAACCUCUAGAGCUCCCUGCUUCUUGGCGAAAAAAGUAUGGCCCAAUGUGUACUGGUUCACCGUUUGUUAUGGAAACACUAAACCGCCCAGACGCGUGCAUGGCUGUAGACCACUACAAGAUUCAGACAUCGGAUAUUGACAGCCAAAACCACACCAACUGGGUCGUUUAUGUUCAAAUUUGUAUGAAUGCUUGCAGAAAAGGUUUGGACCAAGAACUAUUUAGCAAACCUUUAAUUCAGAACAGUAAAAAUGGGUUGAAGGAGUUCCAGAUAAGAUACGUAAACGAGGCUUUGGUGGAUGAAGAGGUCGUAGUUCACGCUUGGGAGACUUCGGGUAGAGAUGAUCAACUAUGUUUUGAGCUGACUAGGGGAUCCGAUGUGUGUAUUCAAGCAACCAUUGCAUUUCAUCAGUUUUGUGUUAAAAGCGCAAACAUUGAAUCAAUUAAAUCAAAGAUCUGACACAGUCUCGAGUAUCUAAUGAAAUGCACGUAUGAAACUUAUUUAACUCCACCCCGCCAACUAAAUGAUUUACACCAUACGCUAUAUAGUACAUAUACUGGUGUAACACAAAUCCUUUUUCCUUUGGUUCUUGUUUAUAUUCAAAACGUUAAUUAUUUAGAAUGUUUCAAAUAAAAAAUGAAGCAUAUUUUAUUUCAGAACGAAAAAAUUUAUUAUGUGUUGAACUAUCUUGCAAAUAACUGGCAGACUACCAUAUUUGCGAGUCUUUACUUUAGCAAAGGGUCCUUUUUAAAGCUUUACGUAUAACGCAUAUCCAGAAACUGUACUAGAGGGGUGAUGGAGAAUUUUUGCCGGGGAGGGGGUCCAGACUAAGCUUAUUUUCAGUACCUCAUGUUGUGAACUGAACAUGUCUGAUUUUUCUCAAGUCCCUUCUAAGUCCGCGCAAAAUGCACAAAAACAUUUUAUGAAUAUUCCUAAUGAAAGUGGAGGUAUGUAUUUGUUAUAUAGAAUCUGUAAAUACAACUGUAUCUCUGAUGUAUGGAACUUUGACGAGAGAAUUCUUUCUAGAUACAUAUACUUCCAACUCUAUUUUGGCUUUUGCCGGCCGACUCCACUCUAAUUUAUUUUCUUUAAAAAAGAAUAAAAAUACCACUUUUGUUGUUUAAUAAAUUUGAUCAUGUAUUUGAAACCGGUUUUAUUUUUAACCAGCGGAUGCUUUAUCCACUAAACAAACCAUUUUGGAUUUAAGUAUCAAAGUUUAACAAAACCCGAAUACGAAUAGGAUUGAAUUAUAAGAACAGUUUUUAACAUCAAAGCUCUUGUAAUCCCUUUUUUAUCCAAUCGGCCAGCGCUAACAUCCUCUGUUAACAAUUGCUUAUCCCUUUGUUUCAUGAAGCAUGGCAUUUCUGUUUGUAUUACCAUAUCCCCUAGGGCCGCUCCAAAGAUUUGGUUAAUUUGACAUUCUUGAUAUGUCUACCAUCUCUUCGAAAAACCCUGCUCUCAAAAACAAAUUGAAGCUAUUUUCUUGCAUCCAGUGUUUGGUAUCUUCAAGGUUUGACUUGAAUAUUUCAUGUAUUCUAAUUGUCUGCGAGGAAGGGUCUAACUGCUGAUACAAAAUUACCCGUCUCCGUGAUGACCACCAUUCCUUUCACUAGUCGCCUUAAUUUCCUCAGUUAACAUUAUGAACGCCUCAGGAAAUUGAAAUUGGUACCCUUUCUUCAAAAUGAAUUUGUAGAUACCAGAAAACACAGGAAUGAAUUGUGAAUUUCUGCAAGUGAGGUCUAGAAAUGUAAAGAUAGCUGAUAACACUUACUGGAGAGUCCAUAUUUCAGUUUGAAUUAAAUUUUCAAAGAUAUAUUGGUAGUGGUCGGAGCAAGUGUUUCUUUAAUAAAUGUCAAAGCAUACACAUUUCAGCGCGCUUUUUCAUAUUCCUGUUACAUUAAGAAAAGCUUGGAUGAUGCUGGAAAUAAAUUACGUGAUUUUCGUUUAGCUGUGCAGCUGUUCGUAGACCGAGUACAAUAAUAGCAAACCUGCUAAUGAAUGAGCUAUUGGCUGCUUUUAUAAUGCAAUUUGUCCAAAGUUAUUAAUGGAACUCAAUUUCUUAUUCUUUAUUCAGGGUUCAACUAUAUUUGUUUAAUAUUAUGAAAAAAUCCUAAAAUAUCUCCUUUUAAACCCCCCUUUAGCUUGUCAAAUUUCGAUAAACGGCUAGAAAUUAAAAGUCUACUGGGAAUUAGCAUUGCAAGCGACAUGAGAGUACACGGAUGAUCAGUUGAAAAAGUUGUGCGAGGCAUUCCAAAUUCUAAAACUUCAAUUAGAAUGUUAACAGACUGUGUUUCGGUGAGGAUAAUGCUUUGUGGAAUACAACAAUCAUUUUAUUUCAACUUUAGUCUUAAGAGUCGCACCUCUCUUGCAAGAGGUAAAUAUUUUUAAACCCUUGAUUUGUGAAUCAAUCAUUAUUAAUAUGAAGGAUGCAAAAAACGAGGUUUUUCAUGAGAAAAAAGCUCAUGUUAGCUUUUCUUAACUAUAUUCAAAUAAGUAAAACUUUUCAUCGCUCUACAAAGUAUUUUAUUUAUACUAUGAUAUGUACGAGUAGGACACUAUUUCUGAAAGCGGUUAUGUUCUCUAAAAAUUAUUGUAUGAUACAAAUAAAUAUAUUGUAAUUUUUUGU